AUGCCUACUCCCGAAUCUGCCGCAUUCCUCGCCAAGAAGCCCACCGUGGCUCCCACCUACGAGGGCGUCGACUUUGAAGAUAACAUUGCCCUCCACAAUGCCCGCGAUGCGAUCAUCCGUGAGCAAUGGGUGCGCAGCAUGAUGGCCCGCUUGGUCGGCGAGGAAUUGGGCAAGUGCUAUGCGCGCGAGGGCGUGAAUCACUUCGAGAAGUGUGGUGUGCUGCGAGAGAAGUAUUUCGAGUUGAUCAAGGAGCGCAAGGUCAAGGGUUAUCUUGGCCAGGAGAAGAACUACUUCUCUGGCGAAUCGGGCAAGUCUGCUUAG